CAGCUGCUACGCCAAAACCCUGCUGCAAGAAAAGUGUACAAGAUGUGCCAGGCCUUGCCUCUACUUCCAGCGAACAUGAUCGAGGCAGGGUACGACCAUGUUGUGAACUUCGCGCAGCAGGCGGGCGUCCUCCAAAAUCUCGCGGUGUUCCUCAACUAUGUGCACCGUGUGUGGAUUACUGGUGUCGGUGUUGAGUCUUUCUCUGUUUAUAAACAGAGGAGACGAACCAACAACGACAUGGAGUCCUACCACAGAAAGCUGAGGGAUACCAUGAAUACUGCCCAUCCGAACGUGUGGGUUUUUACAGGCGGUCUGAGAGCGCUGGAACACGAGGCUUCAGUAACGCUGGCUUCGUUACAAAGGGGUCUCAACGCUGUCAGACCACCUCGUCUGAGAUAUUUGUUGUCCAACAGGACAAUAAAUACUCUCACCACACGCUUAGAUGACAGGCAGUACAGUGUUGGCGAGUUUUUGGAGGCUGCUAGUCACCAGCUGGACAACAUCCACAACGAAGUCUACAACGUCGCAGGCGACGACGAAGACGACGAUGAGGAUGUUGUUGGUGUGGACGGUGGCAGAUUGCCGCCGGACGAAGAAGCUGGUGGCCAAGCUGCAGUAGCUGUACGCGGUCGCAACCGUGGAGCGGUGGCAAGAAGAGGACGUGUUCGACGUGGGGCAGUGGCAGCACGCGGGAGACGAAGACAUGUGAUGGUACCAAAGGUUCCCGAUGGAGGUGGACGUGCCCCACCAGCAGCGGUGGCCCCUGGAGCUGAAGCAGUGGAAGCUUUACCUGUUUUUGCUGCUGCUGUUCCAGUACCUCCUCCUGGUCCAGUGGUCUUUCCAGCUCCUCAAGCCCUACCAGUGGUACCACCCAUUCCAUAUUUUCUAAUGGUAGUUGACGGUGCAGCACUACAAGCACCAGUUUUACCACCUGUUCCAGUUGUGGGUCAGCAGCUAGUGAUAAAUCACUGCCUCGUUUGCCUGGAGCACAAGGCAGCGAUGAUGGUAGCUGUUCCUUGCGGACAUCCCGCUGUCUGCGAGGACUGUGCCCCACAACUGGAACGAGAACAUCGGUUUUGUAUAGCUUGUAGGGCUCCCGUUGAACUCUAUUUAAGGUUAAAUAACCUACACUGAUUUUAAAUAACCUAGGAUAAUAAUUUAUUGUAAAUAGUCGUAUUUUAGUUUUGUUGUUGUUAUGUAAUUAUAUUUCUUUUUAACUAGCUGUUACCCGCAGUUUCGCACGCAAUUUUCAAAAUCGAAGUUCUUAUAUUACCUAAUAAAAGCACUUAUGAUGGAGUCCUAUGGAAAUUUUAAAUCGUAAGUAGGCAUGCUGAUGGUAUAUAGGAUAUAUAGGAUUAUAAAUAGUUAUAGGUCUGCAACCGCAAAUGAACUGUUUAUCUAAAUGAUGAACUAAUCUGAUGGUAUCCCAAAUGAGGCUUUGCCUUUGGGACCCUAUCUUCCUAUUAAAAUUAUAUUUGAUUUGUCAAAACAGAAUUUUAUGUUAUGUUAGUAUAGAUUUCUGUAAUACUCAUAUGAUUUUUUCUGGGUACUAAUAGAUGUGUUUUUAGGAAGUAAAUCAUUCAUUCAUUUCAGUAGACAGAAAUACUUAAUUUUGAAAUGGGGUUGGAUUCAAAACAGUAUCGUUUUCUAAAUUAUAUAGAUAUUUCAAUAUUUGUAUCGAAAAUAAAAAACUGAAAUCAACAUCAGCAAUACUAAUUCAUUUCAAUACUUACAUUGUGACAGUUUUCAUCCAUAUGUAAAUCAUACAUGAUACAGUAAAGUUCUUACUUCCCAGUCCAUGUUCAUGUAUGCUAUUUCUUCGGUCCAGUUUAGGUAUUAGCCUACAUCAGUAUUUAUAUACCUAAUCAGUAUCGUAGAACCCAUCAGUAAGUAAAUGGAUGCUAUGUCACCUUGACGAUUUUCUGUCAUUAAAAUUGCGUUUAUAGUCACUCUCGUGUUGGCUUUGUGAGCCAGAAUAAAUCAAUUGG